AUGACGAAGCCGUUCGCGAAAAGGGGAGCUCGACCGUUGAACGAAAAACCUGACCUCGCGCGCACGCUCGUAAAGUCUCUUUUGAAGGUUUCUAAAGAUAAGAGAUUCACGAUUGAUAAGAUGAAGAGCACGACCGUUUUACGAAAAGUAUUCGCUGAUGAUGAGGUGCCUUUUGAAAAACUCUGCAUGAAAGCGAUCUCGUCGAACAAGAACGAGAACGAGAACGUGAACGAUCUCGAGCUCGCUGUGAUCAAAGUCCCCGCCGCCUGCGAUUUGGGCGCUGCUAAUGGACCGAUCAAUCACUUUAAAGAAACGAUUCUUCCGAAGAUGAUCGCAGGAGAAGGAGAUUUUCAAUUUAACAACGAAGACGAAAAAGCAGCGAUUUUGGCGGUUUUAGAAUUGGAAAUCGAGGACGAAACAAUCAUCGAUUUGAAAACGAACGCACCGUUGAAGACUGCAGCGGAGAAGCUGAGAGAUCGCGAACAACAGCCGGAGAAGAAAGAUAAGAGGAGAGAGUACAACCAAAGAGACGACGUCAAAGCAAAGAAGAGAGAGUACGAGCAAAGAGACGACGUCAAAGCAAAGAAGAGAGAGUACGACCAAGAGUACAACCAAAGACCGGACGUCAAAGAAAAGAAGAGCGCGUACGCCCAAGAGUACUAUGAGUACUAUACAAAAGAACGCAUACGUUUGUCCUUAAGGGAACAACUCCGAAUCCCACCGCCAAUCUCUUCGAUUGGGGGGAAAUGCACGAUAUGCGCGAGGACGCGUAGUGUCGGGUGGAAGAGCGCGCUUAAGUUUUGUUCUCAAAUCGAAAAAUAUUUUGAGAACGAAGGUUUCCCCGAACCUCAGGGAGCAGACAAGACGCGCCGGUUUCUGAACCACGAGAAAACCAGAAGAGGACGUCAAAGAAAAGAAGAGAAAGGUGGCGUAUCCUCGGAAAUCGAUUUCGCACACGUCAUGUGUUUGAAUUGCGUGAGGAAGUACGAACGCUCGGCUAAGAUGAGAUUGGAUAUCAUCCGCUUAAGCGCGGUUGCGGCGGUGAGUGUGGCGAAUUAG